AUGAUUGUGGGUACGGUUAUCAUUAUGUGGUUGGAUCACACACUAGAGGGUUUUGUUGCUACUGAGACAUUCACAUUGGAUUCCACUAGUGGCAGGUCAGUCACCUUACCAGAGAAAAUCUUUGGUUGUGGACACAACAAUGGUGGAACCUUCCAUGAGAGAGAAACUGGUCUAGUUGGCCUCGGAGGGGGUCUGCUAUCACUGAUUUCGCAAUUGAAAUCAUCUGUUGGUGGCAAGUUUUCCUACUGCUUAGUCCCUUUUGAGAAAGAAAAUCUGACAAGCAAAUUGAAUUUUGGUAGUGAAGCUGUCGUUUCGGGUGAUGAUGUCAUCUCCACUCCUUUAGUGACAAAGGAUCUAGUUACAUUCUAUUAUGUGACCCUUGAAGCAAUUAGUGUCGGAAACAAGAGAUUGCCAUACAAGAAUUCAUCCAACUCUGUCGCUGAUGAGGGAAAUAUUAUCCUCGAUUCUGGUUCAACAUUGACAUUUAUCGAAAGUGAGUUCUACCAUAAUUCUGAAUCAGAAAUGAAGAAAUUGAUUCAUGGUCAAAGUUUUAUAGAUAAUUUUUUUAGCUUGUGGUACGAACCUGGUAUUGAUGUCAAUGUUUCAGUUACUUUCCAUUUUUCCGAUGUCGACGUCAAUGUGGGUGUCUUUGGAAACAUAGCUCAAAUGGAUUUCUUGGUUGGCCAUGAUCUGGAAAAAAGGAAGGUUGUCACUGCGAAGCCUCCUCAGGUCGUCGUUACUAGCUCCUCGGAGUCUGAGUCCUCCUCUCGUUUGAAUAAUGCCUCUGAAAGCAGUUCUGAAGAAGAAGAGAUCGGUGCUGUCACCUCGGAUGCCCAGAAAUAUGAGACUCUUCUCAAGGAAAGCGACGCCGCAAAUGAGAGCCUACAGAAGCUGAGGGAUGACCUCAAGGCGACUGUGGAUACGGUGAAGGAAGGUAGGACCGGCUAG